UAUGCGAUGGGGCUUGUGACGGGUACUGAAAAGAAAAAGAUGAAGAAGAAGGUGUGGGAGAGCCUGCUGCCGCUGGUCUUUCGCCUGCAUGACCAGAAAGAGGAUGUAGCCAAGGCUGCUUGUGAAGCCCUCUACUUUGUUGGCUGUUUCCUGAAGUGGCAGGAACUGACAGAGCUGGCCCAAAAUGCAGAACCAUGGGAGACCAGCGAGUGCCCGCUGGAGAGGAAGAGGAGGAAGACCAAGGACUUUCUGCACCAGAGUGAGGUCUACCUGCAGAGCCCACAGGAGAUCCUGAGGCAGGACGCUGUCGGGCUCAUCAGUGAGCCAUGAGUCCCGG